GAAUGAACCAACUUGUCCGGACUAUUCUGUCGCCGACCGUAUGCCCACCGUACGAUUGAGCUAAACACGCUUAAGCAGUACGUGGAUCCUGGUAGACAGAUGUUGAGAACUUCAUCCCAAGAUUGCACCAAUUCAACUGACCCUUGUCAGAACCAUAUUAUUUUUAUUUCCGGUGCUUUUUAACUACCCUUAUCUAAUAUAGCUGUCACCAAAAAGGCGUCAGACAACGUACGGGCUGGUAUACCCGUAGUUUUGGGUGGCCAUGGCAUCCAUCCUGCGCCAGAUAGUCGCGGGACCCAGGGCCAGGCAUGAAGAAACUGGACUCGACCUGUGCUACGUGACGUCCAACAUCAUCGCAACAUCCGGACCCUCCCAGACGUAUCCCCAGCGAGCAUACCGCAACCCGCUGGACCGACUCGUCGCGUUCCUCGACAAGCAGCAUGGCGACAACUGGGCCAUUUGGGAGUUCCGCGGCGAGGGCACCGGAUACCCAGACGAGGCCGUUUACGGCCGCAUCCGGCACUACCCGUGGCCCGACCACCACCCGCCGCCCUUUCGCCUCGUGCCCAUGAUAAUGGCGUCGAUGCGCGCCUGGCUCGCAGGCGAGGACCUGCACGGGACCGGAGCUGCCCCUGGCGGCAAAAAGGGCAAGGAAGCUGUUGUAAAGAACGGAAGCGAUGGAACGGUCGAUGCCGACGCCGAUGUUGAGAACGGCAGGGUCGUGGUCGUCCACUGCAAAGCUGGCAAGGGUCGAUCCGGAUCCAUGGCCUGCAGCUUCCUCAUCUCGGAGCGCGGGUGGACCCCCGAGGCGGCGCUCGCGCGCUUCACGGAGCGACGGAUGAGGCCUAAGUUCGGCGCCGGUGUGUCCAUCCCCUCGCAGCUACGCUGGAUCAGCUACGUCGACCGGUGGACCAAAACUGGGAAGAAGUACGUCGACCGGCGGUUCGAGAUUGUGGAGAUCCACGCCUGGGGCUUGAGGUCUGGGGUCAAGAUGUCGGUUGAGGUGUUUGCCGACGAAGGCCGCAGGAUCGAGGUGCUGCAUACCUUCACCAGGGACGAGAGGGUCAUUGUAGAGGGGGAAACUCCAAAGUCUGGCGGAGUUUCGGAGGUGAUACCGGACCUGACAAAGAUGGCAGCGGCAGAGGCUAUUUCUACCACCGGCGACACGGCGGACUACGAAGAAGUUGUGGGGGAUUCUUCAACGCCCAAGAUUAAGAACGCCGCUACGGAUUCCGACGUCACCGGUGGUGUGAAGAGUAGCAAGCCAAAAGGCCCAAAGGAUUCUUUGAUACGGAGGCUGUCGAAACGCCCUGAUAAAAGCCCGGCACGGUCGGAAACCGCAACGACGAUGGGAGCCGAGAACGAAGCAUCGACUUCUGCCGCAUCCCUACCAGCCGAAGUCUCGGGGGGUUCCAAGCCAGCAUCGGCCGCGAAGCAGCCAUCGUUGCUGACCGCUAGUAACACGCCGUCUCAGCUAUCGCUCAGCCAAGGGUCGACAUCAUCCCCGGCGGAGAAGGAGCCCGGCGGCAUGGCGGUAAUCUUCAAGCCGCGCGAGCCGAUACUGGUCUCCAACGGCGACGUCAAUAUCUCACUCGAGCGACGCAACCGCGCCCCGGCGUCGAUGGGCUUGACCAUGGUGACGGCAGUUGCGCACGUCUGGUUCAACGUCUUCUUUGAGGGCAACGGGCCCGAGCAGGAUGGGAAGUCGGAUGACAGCGGCGUCUUUGAGAUUGAGUGGGACAAGAUGGACGGCAUCAAGGGGAGCAGCAGGAAGGGGGUCCGCGGGCUAGAUAGGAUCGCCGUCGUUUGGCGGUGCGUUGAUGGGGAAGACGACGCGGCCGAGAAGCCGCAAAGCAAGGGCGUCGAGAUCGUCGAGCCGGCGGUGGGUGAGGAGGUGCCGCAGAUGCCUGCUGCGGACUGGAAGGGCCACAACAGAGAAGAUCCCAGCGCCUCGAAGCAUCUGGGCUUGAGGGCGGCGGACCCGGACAGCGAGAACGUCAGCAAGGCCAGCAGCAUCAAGAGCGCGGCCAUGGGCGGCGAGGACAAGGACGACAAGGAGGAUUCGGACCUGUUCAGCGGCGUCAAGGCGAGCGGACCGGCAGGGGAGGAUCUUGAUAACGACAAGGUGGUCGCGGCGGAUGAUGCGGCCAAGACCGAAGCGAAGAAGAACGAUAUCACCGGAAGGAAACCAGACCAAGCAAAGCCGGAUGACGGUCUGGCUGAUGCGACGGCGCAGAAGGGGUUUAUUGUUGAUUGAACAGUGUGACAUUAGAUGGGUUGUUGCAUAUAUACGCCAAUUAGACAGCCUUGUUUUUUUUUCUUUUUUUUAGUACUGCAGAGCUUUGUUAUUUGUCCUAGAGUUCUGAUGCUUCACAUAGCGGUGGAAGUGAUGUUUUUUUUUUUUUUUUUUUUCUUUGUAUUUUCUUAUGGGUUUGCUGUUUGGAGUUCG